ACCCAAUUUCAUCAGCACGAGCGGAGCGGAGCGGAGCGGAGCGAAGAGAAAGGCGAAAGGGACGGCGGCCGAGCUCGUGUGGCGAUGGCGGGCCAGUGGAGGAGCUCUAGCGAAUGGCGUCGUAUCCCUUCCAUCCCCUUCGCGUGUCCCCCCAAUCCUUGAGUUUUAUUCUUCCUUCUCCCCCUCGAACACGACUCCCGGCGUACGCUAGUUGUCCCGCUCGGAGGAAACAGCGCGUUUCCCGUUAGGGUUUCCCCUCAUCGGCUGGCUGUUCUCAUCGUAUUCGCUCCCGCUAUGCUCAAGUAGAUUCCGGACUCGUGAUCUACUGUUGAGUUUGAUUGAUUCGACGUUUAGCUGGGACGUAGCUCAUUGAUUGAGAAGGAAUAUUCCUGCCAAGAGAUGUCUACUAGCUCUCCUUUUGAAGAACAUACAGGCACCAAUGAAGGGGAAAUGAGGUUCCCGGACCUUGGGGAUAGCCACUUUGUUUUUGAGGAUAAAAAUUUGGUUUAUCAUGAAGAUGAUCAAAUGCAAGAAGAACUUGAGAGACAAUUGACUGAUGAGAGUCAAUCUAAUGUUAGUGCAACUGUGCUGUGGAAACAUGUUGUCAAAGGGAAAAAGUGUGGAAAUGCUCAUGGUGGUUCUCAUGUCUUUAAGUGCAAAUAUUGCCACAAGAUAUAUCAUGGGACAUACACCCGUGUUUAUGCUCACUUGAUGGGUCACAAAAAGGGAGAGAGCAAGGGGAUCGGAUAUUGUUCUACUGUCAAAGCUGACAAAAAUCUACAAAUGCAGAUAAAAAGGGAAGUUGAGAAUGUAGAAAGUUCACCUAAUGUUGUUCCUUUGAGGAAGUCAAAGCUCAAUCCAAGUUCAGAAGCAACUUUGCGAGGAACUUCUUUAGCCUUGUCCUAUGUAAGUUCUUUUGAGCAGGAGUAUUCAACGCAGGAUAGAGAUGAUGUUGACUCUAAAGUAGUACGAUGUUUAUGUGCAAAUGGAAUCCCUUUCAGUGUUCUGAAAUCGCCAUAUUGGGAAGAUAUGGUAUUGGCAAUUAGUAAAGAAUUGGGUUACAAAAGUCCAUCUUAUGAGAAAGCAAAUACGAUCUUACUAGAAAAUGAAAGACUUAAGGUUGAAAGAGAAAUGGAGGACUUUAAACAGAAGUGGCCACAAUAUGGAAUUUCAAUCAUUUCAAGUGGCUGGAGCGACAUAAAAAACCUACCUUUGAUAAAUAUGUUGGCUUCAAACCAAUUUGGAUCCAUGUUCUUAAAUGCCUUUGAUUUUGUAACAGUUGAGAAAUCACAGAAAAGCAUUUCUGAUUUUAUGUUGGAAGCAAUUGAGAAGGUGGGGCCGUAUAAUGUUGUUCAAUUGAUAACGGACAAUUCAAUUGACUGCAGAGCUGCCAGUGAUGAAGUGGCACAAGUAUAUCCUCACUUAUUUUGGAAUCCUUGCAUGGUUCACACUUUGUAUCUGAUACUGAAGGAUAUUAUGAAUGCUCUUCCUUGGCUUAAGCAGACAUAUCGAACUGCUAAAGGUAUAGUCAGAUACUUCUUACACCAUCCUCAUUCUGGUGAUAUCUUCCAAAUAUUUUCAAGAUUGAAGUUACUGAAAGCUACAGCACAAGGAUUUGCUUCACACUAUAUCACUUUUUAUGUUCUACUUGACAUCAGAGAAUCUCUUACAGCUGCUGUGUUGUCUGAAGAUUGGGAAUUGUGGGCUACUUCUCCAAAUAUGAAGGAGAAAGUGAAGCUUCUUGGCGAUAAUGUGAAGGAGGCAGUCGUGUCUGAGAACUUUUGGGUACCAGCACGGUUGGCCUUAUCCAUUAUCAAGCCAGUUUAUAAGAUGGUCAAGUUUUCUGAUCAAGAUGGUGCCCUUAUUGGUGAUGUAUGUGAUAGAAUGGAUAAUAUGCUGGGGGAAAUUAAAGAAAAUCUGAGUGGGCUUGAAGAUAUGUAUACAAUUGUGGAAGAAAAGGUUCUUUCAAGGUGGAACAAGAAAAUUUUUCCAUUGCACUGUUUGGCUUAUGCUCUCACACCGAAGUACUAUGAUGAGGAAUACCUACAACUUCUGGCACCGGGAUGUAGGAAGAGAUGCCCCCCAGAUCAAGAUGAUGAGGUAUUUGAGUGUGCUACUUCUGCCAUAUGUAAAAUGCACCAAAAUGCUGACCGCCAGGAUAUUAUCCGUGUGCAAUUUCUGUCUUUUAUCGAGAAGAAGGGGAAGUUCUCUUUGCCCAUAGCCAAGAGAGAUGCCCGAAAUCCCAAAAUCAAUGUUUUCCAGUGGUGGAAGUUUCAUGGUGGUGAUACAAAGGAGCUAAGAGACGUGGCCUUCAAAGUUCUCUCUCAGUCAAUCAGUUCAUUUUCAGUGGAGAAACAAUGGAGUACCUAUAGCUAUAUCCAAAGUGCAAAGAGACACAGAUCAAAUUCUAGUUACGCUGACAAUCUCGUAUAUGUACAUUCUAACUUACGGCUAUUGUCCAGGCAUAAUCCAAGCUAUAAGUAUGGCAUACACCAAAAGUGGGAUGUAAACCCUGAGCUUCCUUAUGUCGAUGAAUCUGCUUUCCAGUGGGAAGAUUUGUGCUUCAUGGGACUAGACGAUGAUGACUCAUUGUUAAAACAGGCUUCUCAUUCUAGCAAUCCUGUACAAGAGCUUUUGAGGAUCAUCGAGGACGUUCCCUCCUGUGAUGAUCAACUUGAUGAACAAAGUCAAACAACAAGCUCCGCGCGUGCAGGCGGAGGGAGAGGAGGUCGAGCUGGUAUUCCAAGUAGGCUCGAUCACACAGGACAGGAAGGAUGAAAAGGUAAAGGAGGGAGAAGAAGGGGAGCCGUGACGAGACGAUGAGUUGAGGAAGGAGGCUGAGUUUGUUUACUAAGAGGAUGGUAGAGGAAGAGAGAAUGAAGAAAAUGACCAAGUAAUUCUAAUUCUUAUCUUGCUUAUGCUGAAUCCCCUUCCGUAGCCCUCUUACUAUCUCUUCAAAGUAAACACCACCUAAAUCAGUUUAACUUUAGGCCAUGGCCGCUGUAAUUUUACUAGUUAUUAGAAAUCCUAGAAAAAAUGAUUUACAUGGUUUUUUUAGUGUACACUAUAUUAUCACCACGUAUUAGUGAGACAUUUUUGAAAA